ACCAGUGCGGUCGUGAUGGGCAUUGUGGGACACCUCUUGGAGGCCAAUUCGGACAACAUAAGCAGGAAUAAGAAAAUUGUUGAUUAUUCACAGUUUGGGGACUUUGAAAAUGAUGAUGAAGACUUUGCCUGUGUACCUGCACCUUCAAAAAAAAAAUCUAGAGUAGUACCUACAGAGACAAAUAGAGAGAAAAAGGAGAAGCAGAAAAGGCCACACAGAGAGGUGACUACAGUGCCGAAGAAAACACCCAGUAAAAGGAUAGCCUUAGAUGACAAACUUUACCAGCGAGAUUUAGAAGUUGCGUUAGCCUUAUCAGUUAAAGAACCAUCUGCAGACAUCCUUGAAGUGCAAGAUUCACAAGAACAAGGCAUCAAAAAAUGUACAGCUAUUGAAUUAGAAAGUGUAGACAACAGUUCCCUUCUCUCCGACUGCAGUGCAGAUAGUGGUCUCUUAGGCCCCGAUCAGGUCACAGUUGAUAGUGACAUCCCCACAGAUGGCCAUAGGCAAAGAAGAGCAGCAUCUAAAGCUGUGUCGCAGCAGAAGUUACUGAUAGAUGACAGUAAUGAGGGAGACCAUGCUCAUAACUAUGAGCCAGAAUUUGUCUGUGAUGAGGAAUCAGAGGGUGGUUCAGAUUUCAGUGAGGAAGAUGAUGAAGACUUUGCUGCAAAAAAGAAGAAAACUAAAGAAAAUAAAAGGAAAGAAAUUAAGUUAAAGGUCCAAACAGAAAAAGAAAAGAACCCCCCCAAAUCCAGAAUUAAUGCUACAACCAAAGUGACUCCAGUAGUUUCUUCUCCACGGGUAGUCCAAGCAAAAUCUCAGUUAACAUUGAAGGAGACAUCAAGUUCUCCAGAACCUAUUGGAGAACCUUUAUACGCAUCAAGUCCCUCAACAGACAAGAAAAAGCCCAAAUGGAUACCACCAGCUGCCUCGGGAUGCAGUAGUAACCCACUGAGAGGAAUUUCAGUUAAAUCACCUACUCAGGGUCUCAGACUUGGCCUGUCCAGAUUAGCACGAGUGAAACCACUGCACCCAGCUGCUGCCAGCAGUUGAAUGGUCUAUGAAAGUGUGUCUCACUUGAAGAACUGCUGUUCGGAAAGAAUUGGGUGUGUGAUAGGGUUCUGUUGUUUUUAAACAGGGUUGAAAACUAUUGAGCAGAAAACUAUUCAUUAAACUGUUCAUUCAGAGGGAGGAAAUGCUGUCAAUGUUGCUUGUCUGUUACUAAUAAAGGGCAUUCAUCCUUCAAGGUGCAGUGUACCACCAGUGAAGUGCUGGGCACCUUCAGCUGCUGAAUAAUAUUACUUAAUCAACUAGAUCUCAGGUUGCUCAGCACCUUGAUGGAUCAGGCCCAAAGAAAAGGAUUGUGUAUUUGAGAUUGUAUCCUUUGAUGUUUGGCCUUUUUUGGGGAAAAAAAAAAUAAGCAUUACAUUUUUAAAUUGCAUAAAAUCAGAAUCUAAAAAGCAGUGUAUCAAUUAUGGAUCUAAAUAUAUAGAAUGGAUUCUUAAUGUAACCUUAAAGUUACAGUUUUGAAUUCCAAAUUUUUAGUAUUCAUUCUGUUCAUAGUCCAAUUAAAGCAUCCCUUUAGUAAAGUGAAAUCAUUGUUCCUCUUGGUCCAGAAAAGUUGAUUCUCAAAUCUUUGUUAAAACUUACUGAUAGUUGUAUUUGUGUGGAUUUUAUUGCUAAGAAUGUAUAAUGUCUUGCUUAGAAAACUGUAUUUUAAAAAAAAGUAAAAUAAAAUAUAUUUUAUAAACA